GGUAAACCUGGAAGUUUGGAACUGGAAGAAGUGGAAACAUGACCUGCCGGCGGUGGGGUGGGAAGGGGCCGUUUCCCACACAACCGGCGGCGACAGGCCCGCAGGUGCCAGCGGAGGGGAGCAGCGGGCCCGGCCCCUGCGCUCCUCGGUGAGGGGGGACGAGGACAAAGGGGGCUGCCAGAUCCUCUCCGGCCGCCUUCCCCGGAGGAGGAGCGGCGGGGCAGGCAGCAGCAGGAUCCCCGGGCAGCCCCCGCCCCUCACAGCGCGGCCCCCGCGCUCCUAACGGGGCGGGCGACGCCGGGGCGGGGAGGGACCCGCGGUGUGGGGCGGCGCGAGGCGUUCCCGACGGGAAUGCUCGGCGGAGCGGCCGUGAGGCGCCGCGCGGGCUGCCGGCAUGUCGGGGCCGCGCUGCCCGCAGUGCUUCCAGCCCUGCACGUCGCCGCGGCUGCUGCCCUGCCUGCACUCGCUGUGCGAGCCCUGCCUGCGGCGGCUCGGGCCGCCGGAGGGAGCGCCGGGCGCCUCCCGCCCCGUCCUGUGCCCGGUGUGCGACGCCGAGCUGUCGCUGCCGGCCGGCGGCGUGGGGCAGCUCCCCGACUGCCUGGCCGGGAGCCGCGGCCGGGCCAUGGCCGGGUGCGACCUCUGCGCCGACGGGGCGGCGGCCGGGCGGUGCCUGACCUGCGGCCUCCGCCUCUGCCGCUUCUGCUGCCGGGCGCACAGGAGACAGAAGAAAACGGCCUCCCAUGCUGUGACAGAGCUGGAGAACACCAAGGAUUGCAGCCAGGCUGGGAAGCCUCUCCUGUGCCCCUCCCAUCCCACCGAGGAGCUGCAGCUGUUCUGCGAGCAGUGUGACCAGCCCGUGUGCCGGCACUGCGUCCUGGGCAGGCACCGCCAGCACCCCUGUGACUUCGCCGCCAAUGUCAUCCACAGGCACGGGGGCGCCCUGCGGGAGCUGCUGCAGAGCAGCCAGCAGCACAUGGACAGCCUGGAGGAUGUGCUGAGCCAGGUCGAUGAGAUGGGCGGCGCUGUCCGCAGUCGCGCAGAGGCUGUGGCCACGGAGAUCUGCCUCUUUGCCAGGGGCUACGUGAAAGCCAUUGAAGAGCACCGGGACCGGCUGCUGAAGCAGCUGGAGGACUUGAAGGUGCAGAAGGAAAACCUGCUGCACUUGCAGAAGGCCCAGCUGCAGCAGCUGCUGCUGGACAUGAGGACAGGCGUGGAGUUCACGGAGCACUUGCUGAUGAGCGGCUCAGAUGUGGAGAUCCUGGUCUCCAAAGGGAUGGUGUCCAGCCGUCUGACACAGCUCAACAGCGUUGCUUACAGCACCCACCCCAGCGUGGAUGACAGGAUCCACUUCUCCCCCCACGAGAGGGCAGGGCAGUGUUGCGGCUAUGAAGUUUUUGGGGCCAUUCUCAAUAAAGUGGUUGAUCCAGCCAGAUGUACCCUGCAUGGGGAAGAUCUCCACAGUGCCCGCCAGAACCAGCCUAGUGGCUUUACCCUGCUGUGCAAGGACGCUGCAGGGGAGCGCUUGGGGCGGGGAGGAGAGGCUGUGGGGGUCACCAUCACCCACAAGGACAAGAGGGACUGUGCAGUCAAGCCAACAGUGUGUGAUAAUGGUGAUGGGACCUACUGUAUUUCCUACAGCCCUGAGGAGCCAGGCUUGUAUGCUGUCUGCGUCUGUGUGAAAGGGCAACAUGUGCAGGGCUCUCCCUUCACUCUGAUGGUGAAGCCCAAGUUCCGUGAGCACCAGGGGGUGUUUCACUGCUGCACGUUCUGCUCCAGCGGAGGCCAGAAAGCCGUUCGCUGUGCCUGUGGUGGCACCAUGCCAGGUGGGUAUGAAGGCUGUGGCCACGGACACAAAGGUCACCCUGGCUGCCACCAUUGGUCAUGCUGUGGACAAGUGAAGGAGAGCUCAGAGUGUUUGUGUGGACCACCCAGCGACACCUCACAGAGGAGUUUGCUCAGGACAGUGGCACUCUGAGCAGCCAGGUGAGCUCCUGGGAGUCCAGGGCACUGCUGCUGGCUGCUCCAGGAGCACAAAUGAUCCAUGAGGAUCCAUAUGAUCAAUCCCUGCGCAGCCUUCCUGCCAGCAAACAUUGUGAUGGAUGUGAGUUGAGAGAGGGGGGAUGAGGGAAAAUAAAAACCGUGCCUUAUGU